AUGAAUCUUACUGCAUCAACACGUUCCAUGAUCUCCCUCAAUGGCAAGAACUUUACCACUUCAUUGACUUCUUCGGAUGAUACGGUCACGCUUUCACCGGAAUUCGAUAUUACAAUUAGUGCAAAAAACCCAUGCUUUCUAGGCUACAACUACUAUGAGAAAGACAGUAGUAUUUCUAUUUACUACUCUAAUGUUGUCAUGCUAUGUUCAUCUGGCAAUAUAAUCCCAAGUUUUUACCAACCGAAAUACAAUCUGACGGUUUUUCAAACUGUGGUAAAGUGUUCCGCUGUAACGUUAACGUCUACAAUUUAUGAAUCCUUAUUGGAUCAGCAGAGAAAAGGGAAUGUUGUUCUAGGAGUGUAUAUGGAUAUACCUAUGAAAGCUGACGACAAUGGAAGUCAUGAAAGACCAGUGUCAGUUGUUAAGGCUCACUGUGAUAUCGCAGUGGACAAAUUAGUUGCGGAUUCCAAAAUCUUAUCCAAGGAAUGCAGCCUUACCAAGAAGUUCUGGGGGUAA